UUCUGAUUGGUCGUUUGAAGAAAUUUUAUCAGAUAAUAACCAAUUAAAACGACAGAAACAUACCCCCAAGAUACAUGUAAACAAUUUUUGCCGAAUUCCAAAAUUUCUAGAAGCGUAAUUAGAACAACUGAAAAAUGGAAAACUUCGUGUUGUAUGAAGAGCUUGGCAGGGGAGAUAAUUCCAUCAUAUAUAAAGGCCGACGUAAAGGUACCAUUAACUUUGUGGCCAUACACUGCAUAGAAAAAUGCAAGCGUCCAGAAGUCACAAAUACAGUUCGAAUGACCCACGAUAUACAGCACAUCAAUGUUGUCAAGUUUUAUGAGUGGUAUGAGACCAGUAAUCAUCUGUGGUUGGUUGUUGAACUUUGUACAGGAGGCAGUUUAGAGUACCUGAUCUCACAGGACAAGAACCUUCCAGAGAGUUCUGUCAGGAACUUUGGGAUAGAUCUUGUCACUGGCCUACAUUAUAUCCACUCACUAGGCAUUUUGUUCUGUGAUUUGAGACCUUCAAAGAUUUUACUAGACGGGCCAGGUAUUCUAAAGUAUGCAGAUUUUGGUCUUGCUAAAGUUGAAGGAGAGAACCUGGAGGAAUUGUUUCAGAAGUUUUCUGAUGCCGGGGAGACUUGGGCCACAGAUUCACAGCUUGACGACAGAAGAUCCCGAACAGCUGGACACACACAUUAUAUGGCUCCAGAAGUGUUACAGGGUGGUGAACUGACCUUGCUCAGUGAUCUAUGGUCCCUGGGCUGUGUUAUGUAUGAGCUGUUCACAGGUCAUCCACCGUUUUUAGCUGAGUCAUACCCACAACUUGUAGAUAAAAUAGCGAACAAGGGCUACGCACCACCAAAAGUAAAAGGAACAAGAUUUUCAUCUAAGCCAUCGCAUGAUUUUUUAAGUUUGAUUGAUGGACUUUUACAGAAAGAUCCAGAUAAAAGACUUGGUUGGCCAGGUUUAGUCACACAUCCAUUUUGGGAAGGGAAACUUACAAAACUUGCCAAAGACUUGGUUAUGUCACAAGAUGUACAGGGCAGUAUGGCAACUACAGCAAGAAGUAGUGUAUUUGUGGAUGGUACUGGAUCGGUACUAGGUAAAGUGAAAACUGUAGAGUUGACAGACAGACAGACAACAAAUCUACAGGACACAGAAUCUCCAUCUAGACCAGGUACGUCAGGAGGUGACUUUCUGCGUCCAAAGACAGCUCCGACAGAUGAUGGUGGUGCUAGCUUGUUUACACUUAGUGCCAGACCUCAUACAGCAGUACCACCUGAUGAUAGUCUGAGAGUUAACUCCCCUUACAGACAACAGCAUUCACCACUGUCUACGAGGGAGCCACUUGGUACAGGGAAAGAUACGGCAGAGCUGUCACAGACUAAAAGUGAAAUACUAGACCUGAUUUAUCAUCCAACAGACUUUGCUAUCUCUUCAAUAAUAGAUAAUCCUAAGAUACAGAGGCCAGCCACUGCCAAGUACGAUGCUAAGACUUUACCUGUACCACCAAUAUCUGCAGAAAAAUUUGGCAGUCUGCCAGAAAAAGAUCAGACAAGACAUUUGAAGACUAUCUUGGAUACUAUAAGUGUAUCAGAGAAAGGUCCGCCCUCUCAGAAACGUAUACAGCUCUACCAUUAUCUGGUUGCAUUGUGCAGUAAUACCGGGGUGUCAACUUACCUCAUGAAAAACAAUGCUGUCAACGUGCUCACCAGGCAGCUGAAGGAAGUCACACAUGCUGAAGUGAGAGUGAAGAUUGCAAGAGUGAUAGCUGUAAUGGCCAGUAAUACAGAAUCUCUCGAUGAAUCAACAAAAGUCUCGGAGGCAUUAACAGGAAUCACAGAAAUAUUCCGAGAAAAUAUGAAAAACAACAGAAUAAAGCAGGGAUUGCUUCCUGCACUAGGUGAACUUGUCUAUCUCGUUGCUCUACAGGAAGAGCAACAGAGCAGUAGUGUUGACAACUGGAACAUUCCAUCCAUGACAUUUGCUGUUAUCUGUAGAAGUUGUAGAGAUGGGGAGGACAGUGUGAUCAACCAUAUAGCUGCCAAAAUAGUGGAGAAUGUUGCCACAACAAAAGGUCAGAUAGCACAGAAAAUGGUGACAACAGAAAUGGCACAGUCAUUAUGGUUUAUCUUCAAACAUUCUACAUUAGAUGCACUCAGAAUAACAGCUCUGUCUGCACUGCAUAGAAUCACAAGACACAAUCCACAGGUGUUCCAGUCUGUUAUUGACACUGUUGGUCUAUCCACACUGCUGUCAGCAUUGUCAUUUGGCAUCACAAAAAUUCAGCAGUCCAUAGUUACCAUGUUUGGAGCAUUAAUUGUAUCUGGAGCAUCGUUAAAUAGGCUUACACAAGAUAAGGAUUUUCUGCAGAAGAUCUUACGUCUGUUAGAGAGUCCAUCGACUGUGAUCAGAGGGAAAGCAUUUGUUGUGAUACAUGAACUGGCAAAGAAUAAUCAUGAGAUCCUAUUGUCUAGCUGUCAGUACAGAUUGGUAAUGUAUUUGGAGAGGGACAGUAGACGACAGACACCAAGAGACACCAAAGUGGACCCUGGAGAAAUUGAAUAUUUAAACAGAUGUUUAGACUUGUUGAUCAACUAUAUCUCAGACGCUGUCCCAAAGAUUAUGGGAGAAGUACUGUCAGCAUUAGAUUCCGUUGCUGGACGUAAACAUCCAAAUACAGUACAGGCCAAACAACUCAAGAGUUCUCUCCCUUUAGUGCAUAUUUUCCUCCAUCUUGUAACCAGUCAGGUAUUCCGUCCAAAGAUUGUGACAGAAGAGUUUGUACGAAGUCUCGGCUCACUGUUAACUCAUGUGAAACGCAUUGAGAAUGGUGAAACCAAUAUAGAGGCAUCAAGUGGUGUAAUCACAGUAUCAGAGUUUGUGAACACGGUGAUGUCAGUGGUGGAGGGAAUUACCCAGCAUCCUACACUGCUCAUGGAUCAUGGCUCUGUUGUCAUGGAAACAGUAUUACCAACAAUGGCCGAACUGGUUGUCAGUCAGAAUGGUGAUACCCGUGCACUGUCACUAAGCCUGUUCUCAGAGAUGGCCACAGUAUUCCUGACACAAGAUGCUGUAGCUACCAAUGGGAAGGUGGAUACAAAGAGAUUGCACAUCAUCAUUGGAGACAAGUUAUUCCCACAUUAUGAACAGAUACUGUUGGAUCAAGAUCCACUACCAUACUAUGGACUGAAGUUGUUACUUGCCUUACUGGAGUCUAAUUCUGCUUUUAUAAAACAGUUUCAACAGCAAGGCUUAGUAUCUGUGAUAUUUCAAGUUUUACUGGAUCACCAGAACAAUCCAUUAAGCAGUGCCAUGCAGAGUAUAGCUGGUAUACUGAAUUGUCUUGUUAGUCAUAAAGAAACAAAUAUGAAGGAGUUAUAUGAACAAGGUCUCAUAGAUUACUUCACUACAAUAUUUUUCGAAGUGUCAGCAGCCUGUUUUGAAGGGGAAGACAACAGUGGUGUUGACAGUAAAGUGGUUCUGUCCAUGCUACAAACUCUACUUGAGACGCUUCAUGGUCUGUUAAAAUAUGUGUCAGACUUUGUGCGUAAGGCACUACAGGUCGGUCAGCAGGCAAAGAAAGCAGGAGGAGAGGGUGCCAGUAAAGAGACGGAGGAUGCUGAACAUUUGUUGUUACAGAAUAAAGCUCUUACAGAUCUCACUAGCUUACUCACACAGCUGUUAACACAUGAGGAUGGUGAUAUACAUGACCCUGCAUGUAAAUGCCUCUCACUGCUGGUACAGUUGUUUGGUGGUGAACACAGAGAAGCUUUGAGUCCAGAAAAUAUGGAUUACUACAGCAAAGCACUAAGAAAAGCUGAUGCCAAGAAACAGAAAGUUCUCUUACGAAUUAUAAAGAGACUUGUGAGUACAGACAAGUCGCACAGGGAGUCUAUGAAGAACAAUGGGGAAGGACUUGCUAAUACCAUUACAAGUUUAGUCAAAACUGCUAGUUCUCAUGCAGAUGUGUCACUGUCAUCUCUGGCUGCAGAAAUACUCAAAAUGACUGGGCACCUCAAGUGAUAGAAUAGUCACAGAAAUAUUCCGACUGGAUGUCCCAUUUGCAGUAAUAGCCACAAUAUACUUGAAGUAACAUUCCAUCAAAAGUGAAUGCCUAGUUAUGCUAAUGAAAAUUCUGUGAUGGACUGGAAAUCUGAAGUGAACCUAUUAGAAAAAUAAUCACUAAAGUCCUCACAGUUACUGUGCUGGAGGGAAGUUAUAGUUGCAUAUUGAAAUUCUCGUCAGAAUGUCUGAAAUAAAAGUUUUGAGUAAAGGGCUGAAGUGAAAAUAAGUUUCUGAAGUUAAUUAACUAUGCAGCUAUUGAUUAUUAUAAGACAUGAUAAAGGCAAGGAUAAAGUUAUGGCAGUGAACUUCUUUAAGUAUAAUAGUUAGAGAGAUAAUGUUUCAGUAAGGAUUGUUUUUUUUUCCUUGAUUCUUGGAACAGACAAAUAACAAUUUAUGGACAGUUUAUUUCUAUUGUGUUUAAUACAUAUCCAUAUGGUUUAGACUUUUACAUAACAACAUGAUUGUGAUACAGGAACAAAAUGAAGCAUUGUACAUGACAGAAUAUAUUUAUUGUUAGUGAUUUUAUUUUAUGUAAGGUGAAACAUUAAAAUAAAGAUUUAAAAGGAUAUCUUCCCUGAUCAUUUAUGAUUUUUUAUCUAGAAUUUAUUGAACUUCAUAUAAACAGAUAGUUUGGUUUCAGAUAAAAAUUGAAUAAAGGAUGAUAUUACUGAU